AUGAAUUUUCUCGAUAGCGUUGGAAAUGUUGCUGGUACCGCUAUUGGUGCCGUUGAAAAUUUUUUUAGUGAAGGGACAGUGAAUAACAUUCAGAAACAUCGUUUUGACUCCUUCGCCCCUCCAAGAAGGGGCGCUCAUGCAAAGUGGUAUAUUGACGGAAGAGAUUAUUUCUUCGCUGUAUCUGAAGCUAUUUAUCAUGCAAAGCAAGAAAUUUUCAUUGAGGAUUGGUGGCUUUCGCCAGAGUUGUAUAUGCGCAGACCUCCCAGCAAAACUGAGGCGUAUCGUCUUGAUAAGCUCCUCAAAAAAACAGCUGAAGAGGGGAUUAAAAUUUAUGUGGUUGUCUACAAAGAAGUAGCUCAAGCUUUAACUUUGGAUUCCGCCCAUAGUAAACAAGCUUUGUCAACUCUGCAUCCCAAUAUCGUUGUGCAAAGACAUCCAGACCAUCUUGUUGGUGGAACUUUAUUAUGGGCGCAUCAUGAGAAAAUAUGUGUUGUUGAUAGACAUAUCGCCUUCAUCGGAGGAUUGGAUUUGUGUUUUGGUCGAUACGAUACCAGUGAACAUCAACUUGCUGAUUUCCAUCCUCAUUCCAGUCAUGUGGAAAUUUGGCCCGGUCAAGAUUAUUCAAACCCCAGGAUAAAGGACUUUGAAGAUGUUAAGGAAUUCUUGAAGACAUUGAUCAGUAAAAAAGACACUGCUCGUAUGCCUUGGCACGACAUUUCAAUCGGCUUUAUUGGUCGACCGGUUCAAGAUGUUGCCAAGCACUUUAUUGAGCGUUGGAACUUUAUCAAGAAGGAAAAAGCCGAAAAUCGGCCAGAAAUCAAAAUUUUGGUCUACAAAUCAGAUGCACAACAUGAUCGUGAGGAUCCGCCGAAAUCGAAAAAUUACGAAUAUUUUGGAAAAAAUAUCCAGGCACAUCGUUAUAAUGGAUCUGUUAAUAUUCAGAUCUUGAGAAGUAGUUCAAAAUGGAGUCAUGGAAUUGAGACUGAGAAAUCGAUUCAAAACGCAUAUAUUCACGCAAUCAAAAAUGCUAAACACUUUAUUUAUAUUGAAAAUCAAUUCUUUAUCACUGCAACCACAGAGUCCGAUAAAUUCCCUGUCAAAAAUCUUAUUGGAAAGGCAAUUGUAGAAAGAGUUUUGGAAGCCGCAAAGAAUAAAGAAAAAUUCAGAAUCAUUGUGUGUAUGCCUUUGCUUCCUGCUUUCCCAUGUGAAGUCGAUUCUAAAGAUGCUGGUACUCUUCGACUCGUCAUGCACUAUCAAUACAAAUCGAUCUGCCGUGGCGGACACUCAAUAUUCGAAGAAAUCCAAAAAGCAAACGUUGACCCAUCAAAAUACAUUGGAUUCUUUUCUCUACGUAAUUACGAUCGUGUUAACCCAGUUGCGGUUGAGAAAGGACUUGGAGCAAUUGAUAAAUCUGCUGUAGGUUCAGAACCGGUUAUGCCAGUUGGUAUUGUUGAUGAAGAUGCAACGGGCAACUAUGUCACCGAGGAACUUUAUAUUCAUACUAAACUUCUAAUUGCUGACGAUAAAUAUGUUAUUAUUGGUUCUGCAAAUUUAAAUGAUCGAUCUCAACUUGGAGACCAUGAUUCGGAAAUUGCUGCCUUUAUUGAAGAUACCGACACAAUAAACUCCGAGCUUGCAGGUCGUCCCUACAAAGCCGCCAAAUUCGCUGCCACACUUCGUCGUACACUAUUCAAGGAACAUCUCGGCCUUCUCAAAGACCACGAACAUGAUAAAAUAACUCUGAAAUGUCAUCCACCACCACACCCAUUCGACCCGUCUGUUUUAACGCUCACUGAUGAAGAUAAAAUCGUUGAAGAUCCUGUAAGCGAUAGAUUCAUCGAAUACUGGAAUUCUCGAGCCAGGAUUAACACAGAAGCUUUCCGUGAAGUUUUCCAUUGUUUCCCUGAUGACACUGUUACUACAUGGGAUCAAUAUAAAAAAUUUUCGCCAGAUCGUGAAAAUAUUCCACUUGGCCAUGUCUUUAAGAAAGAUUAUCCGCUCGAGGAAGUCAAAGCACGUUUGUCAAAAGUCAGGGGCCAUCUCGUUGAAUUCCCCACUCAUUUUCUUGAAAAGGAAGAAUUGCAAGGCUCUGUUAUCUUUGAUUCGGUUACUCCCAUGGAAUUAUUCACCUAA